AUGCGAUCUUUACUCAUCUUAGCCGUGGCUGCCCUUUUCACGUCUAUUGACGCUUCUCAUUUCCCAUUUCGUCGGCACAUGCGAAGACGUCUACAUAGGAGAGAGGAACCCCAACAGAGCUUUACCUGCAGGCUCGCCAAGUACGACAGUGCCGACAUAGAGAGGGCUCGGAAUCAAGCUUGCGUUCUUCUAACUCAAGGUGAUACAACCAAGGGAAGUCACAAGUUUCCUCUCGAUUAUCGUAACAACCACCUCUAUCCUGUCUUAAGUGGCGGAAAGAUCUACACUAAAUGGUCCUUCCAUGACACAGACUUUGACAAACUACAUUUCAUCCUUAUGAAUGAUCAUUGCAAAUUUCUAAGUGUUGUCAUGCUUAAACAGACCAAGCAAACGAAUAACUGCUCGAUGUUUGGUUGCAAAAAGAAAAAUGCCUAUGUGCCUUGUCUUGCAGCUAAACAGGAGGCAGUUGGUGAUGCGGGGGGGGCCGAUCCAGAAGCGGAGCCUGAAGCCGAACCAGAAGCUGAACCAGAAGCUCCACCAGCAAAGAAGGCCAAAACAGCACAAACCAAUUCUCAGAAAGGAAUCGAUCUGGAAGCGGAGCCUGAAGCCGAACCAGAAGCUGAACUAGAAGCUCCACCAGCAAAGAAGGCCAAAACAGCACAAACCAAUUCUCCGAAAGGGGCCGAUCAGGAAGCUGAACCAGAAGCUGAGCCCGAAGCUGAGGCUGAUGUUGAAGCCCCACCAGCAAAGAAAGCUAGAACAACAAAAUCUAAUGUCGGGAAUGGAGCUGAGGUGGAAGAGUAA